AAAGUUCAUACAAUACGUCUGUCAUGUAUAUAAAAGGCCAUCCAAGCCUCUGUUCCCCCUUUCUCAAUUCGUCUUGCUACGUACAUCCUCAACCUCAAAUACAAUUCCGCACAGCGUUGAAUCUCCCUGAUGCCCGACCACCAGACCAUAACGCCUCAAAACAACAUGAGCGACAACCAGCCACCACCGGCGUACGACAGCCUAGGCCCCUCGCUACAUGCGAUGGCACUGCUCGAGGCGCGUUGGGACAGAGUCCGACCAGCAAACUGGUACCAAUUCGAGUUGGGACAUAAGCCAAACAUCGUCUUUCAUCUCUCCUCCCGGACCAACAUCAUCGACAUCCUGCCAGGCGCAUCAACUCAGGCGGCCACCCAGCCCUUUUGGCGUGCAAAGUUGGUCAUAUGGUCCGAGAAUGUCCCACGCAUGAUGAGAAUGGGAUUCCACUGGAGUCCCCCUACCAAUAUCAUACCAGGCCACGAGGACAUUAAACUACGCCCAUCAAAAGAAAUCACGAGCAAGCACUCGAGGUCAUAUGCCACUGUAGGCCGAGGAUGGAUAGGCCGCCUGGAUGUGUAUGCGCGCUCCUCCCAGACCAUCAUCAACUUUGACCUGCACUGGGUCACACUGGGCACAUGCAACGUUGAGCGGGCAGACGCCUGGUCCUGGUCCGGCCUAAAGGUGUCCAUUACGAGGCCAGGUCGAGAAAAUGCUUCAACGUGCUCUACCCCGAGAUGCCCCUAAGUGGCUGGUGGCCCUGGCCGAAAGCGCUCACCGUCGAGACGCCCUCGGCGGACAAAGAGCGCCCGACUAUGAGGGACAGGAGUCUUGCCUGUACAUGUGUGCUGCGUACAGGGACGCACAAGUGGAUGCGCAAGCUAAGGGACGUCGGGGCGGAGAGAUGAAUGCAUUGAGAUUUAGCGAUUUUCACAAGGUCUGAUUGAUUUGAUCAGGAGCGAGGGCGAAAAGGUCUCUAGUCUAGGAUAAUGUUUUGUACCAUUGAUCAGUUUA